UAAAUAUUGAAUUUCCUCUUUUCUCUACACAAAACAACUCUCAAAAUCAGACAAUCUCAAAAUGGUGGUCUCGCCGGAGUGGCUUCCUCCCGGCUUUACGGUGAAGAUCAAGCACAAGUCUGGGAAGAAACUUAAGUACUAUCUCCAUGUUGCAACUGGUAAGAAAUAUAAUUCCAAGAAUGAGGUCAUUCGUUGUGCCGAAGAAAACAACAAAAAUCUGCAUGUUACACCUCUAACGAAAAAUGCUGAUGUCAGCAGGCCCUCAGUUAACAAAGUUGAUGCGGUAUCAGAAAAAACAAAUGAUUCUGCAUGGUUGCCUAAUGGAUGGACAGUGGAAGAAAGAAGAAGAAAGAGCGGCUCAGCAGCAGGAUUAUCUUACAAGGUAUAUACUGAAAUGUCGACUGGAAGCAAAUUUUAUUCUAAAGCAUCUAUCACUCGAUACUUGGAUGACGUAGCCCGUAGUGACGUCAUUACUAAUCAAAAUAAUAUUGACAAAGUGGACGAUCCAUUUCCAGACACGUAUCUGCAUAUAUCACCCAUGAGAAAUACUCGUAGCAUUUCUUUAAAGAAAAGGAAGGCCGACUCUCUCAUAAAGAUUGAUAAUGUGGAUGAGACGGUCACAGAGAAGUUGCAACAGAUCCUGUCCACGACAAAUACUGAUGGCACUCACGAACAGAGAAGGGACAGAAACUCGCUUGUAAAAAAGAUAGACAAUGUGGGCGAACCUUUUCCAGACAUGUCACCACAAGUCGUAUCGACAACCAAUAAGGAUGGCAUUCGUAAAAUGAAAAAGAAGAUCAGCUCUUUUGUGACGGUGGCAGUUGAGUGCACAACUGAUGAUGACCUGCCUAAGGGCUGGAUAAAAGAAAUCAGGACAAGCAAACUUGGGAAUAAGAUAAGAAAAGAUCCGUUUUAUACAGAUCCAGUCAGUGGUUACAUGUUUCGUUCUAAACCAGAUGCCUUGCGGUAUCUGAAAACCAAUGAUAUUCGUAGCUGUGCUUGCAAACCACUGAAAAGGGAACUCGAUGACAUCAAAUCGAUGGAGAACAGAAACCAUUCUUCAAGUCAAGCUAAGCUCAAGGGACAGCCUUUUCUUGGUGAAGAAUCAAAUGGUGGUGCAGAAAUUUUUGGUGCGAAGAGUCCAGCUGAAUCGGGCACCAAUACUAUGAAAAGAGAACAAGUUGACCAAGAAAAUUCUAACAAGAGUGCCGAAAUGGGAAAUAACCCUGAACCAGAAAGUGAGGUCUCUAAAAAGGGUGUUAAAGUUGUGGCGGUAGAUGCAUCUACAAGCUCAGUUGGGUCUGAUCCCUUAACCAAUCAGCAGCUUCCAGAAAGUGGGGGUAGAAAUAAGACCGGCUCAAGAAAAUCCAAGAAAAGAAGGGAGUCAGGCACACCAUUACGGAUUUCAAGAAGGCUUGCAGGUUCUGAACCUGAGAUGCAACUGAACUUGGAUUUGAACGAACAUUCACUAAGAGGGUACACUGCUAAAGAAGUCAAUGCUUCUCCAACUGUUCCACAUGAGGCUUCAGAUAUUCCUAAGACAUCAAAUAUCCAGUCAGCGAAAGAGGUGGUAGAGAAAGCAGAUAUAGGUGGUGAGGAAACUCGUCAAGAUGUUAAUAGACCGAAAGAAGUUGAAAAUCCUCCUCUUACAGAUGGCUCAACUGUUUCAGAAGAGCUGUCAGGUGCGACAGCGACAGCUAGUACGAAUCCAUUAUGGAUUUCAAGAAGGUUUGCAGGUUCUGAACCUGAGAUGCAACUGAACUUGGAUUUGAACGAACCGUCGCUAAGAGGGUCCACUGCUAAAGAAGUCGAUGCUUCUUCAAUUGUUCCACAUGAGGCUUCAGGUAUUCCUAAGACAUCAAAUAUCCUGCCAGCGACAGAGGUGGUAGUUAAAGCAAAUAUAGGCAGUGAGGAAACUCGUCAAGAUGUUAAUAACCCGAAAAAAGUCGAAAAGCCUCCUCUUACAGAGGGCUCAACUGUUCCAGAAGAGCAGUCAGGUGCGACAGCGACAGCUAGUACGAAUCCACUCGUUGAUGGUCAACAAUCACAUGCAUCGCAGCUUUGCUACGAUUUUGGGGACUAUUGGACUGAUCCGUUGGAAUUCUCCUUAAAGAUUCUGAAGGGGGAGUUACCAAUUGAGGAUACACUGACAUUUCCGAGUUGCUUCAGGGAGCCGCUCGACACCACUAUCAGCCAGAUUGAUGGAUGCUUGAAGCAAUCACAGUUUGAUGUUCCCGUCAACUUCCAAAGCGAAUUUCGGUGCCAAUCUGAAUCUUCAAAGAAACAAAAUGCUGUUGAUCCGGCGCCAGCCACUGCACUAUCUUCAUUCUCUGCCCUCGGCUUCAGUUGUAGCGGUGGCUUCAACUUGCAGCCGAGUGCAGAGGUCAGGAAGAAGGAUUCCCAGACCAAAUUUAACCCUUAGAAGAGACAGCAAGCUGGACCAAAGGUUAGAUUCAAAAAAAUUGCUAAAACUUUUGUGGGUCUAAGCAGAAGGUUAGGUGUUGAAUUUUUUGGACUAGUGCUUUUGCUUACGGCUAGGUUGCAUAAAUAGAAUAUCGUUUCGUUUCUCAUAACCACUAGGCUGUGGAGAAAAAUGGUCGGAUUUGGUGAUUUGGAUUAAACUGGUAAUUGUUUUGGGACUAUACUUUUCUCUGUGAAUAGAAUAGUCCAACUCUCUUUCGUUUGGUUUUAUGUAUGUUUUUGUUGGAUAGUCAUAUUUGGAAUGUUUAUAAUGACGCAUUAUAACUAUUUCUGUGUUUA